AUGGACGAAAUCCUGACGUUGUCUUCGGACGAAGAAGACGAGCCGACGAGUUGCAAGAAGAAAGACGACGACGACGACAUCGUCUGCAUCGAGGAAACGUCGAUGAUCUCUCCGGCGGCCAAGACGACGUCUUCGGCGAGCAAAAGACUUGAGCGAUCGCCCGUCGAUCCCAAGUACAACUUUUUGGAUCUUGACGAUGGUGGGUGAUCCGGAAAAUCUUGUUUCAAGUUUUUCAAAUUAUUUUUGAGUUUUUAGAGGUUAAUAAGUUGUUUGAAGUUAAAUUAUUUUUGUAAAGCUUCAAUUUUUAAUCUUUUAUUAUUCUUUUGAAGUCAUUUCUCCCCGACUAGCAGAGCGAUGGACUCAUGGUUUGAAAAAAUGGAGGAAAAAUUUUUUAACUUUUUUCAAUGUUUACAAGACAGAGAAUUUUGACUUAUAGUCGAUUCACGGCUCGCCAAGGGGGCGUGGCCUGUCUGCGCUCUACACCAACCAGGCGCUGUCUUUUUUUUAAAUCGUCUCAGUACCCUUUUUUUGACGGCUCAAGCCAGCCGUGAGUCGGCUCCACCGAAGAAGCGCCUUGCGGCCGCAACGGCUUUUUAAGCCUGGAAAAAACUGGGAAAUGUUGUCCUAUUAAAAAUCUAAAGAAAUCACGAAGUUCUAAAGAAUUUUGACAGAGUUUGACAAAUUAUCCCUGUUCCAGUUUUUUAGCGAGUAAAAACCUUUGAAAAUGCUUUAAGACUUUACCCAAAAUAAGUUAUAUUAAAAAUCAACCAAAAUGUUUCUUUUUUUCAUUUUUCAAAAUAAAGAUGUCAAAAAGAAAGCUUACAGAAGUAGAUGAUGGAGAUCUGAAGUCGACUCUGGAUGAAUUGGACCGAUUGAUCGCAAAAGGCGACAGGAAAAGAAAGUCCGAAACUGCCUCCACGUCUCAUUUGUGCGUUUCAAAAACUGAUUCUUGAAAGAUUUUCAAAAGAAUAAAUAAUUUUAAAAAUUAUUGAAGGGAAGGAUUUUGUGAUUUCAGUUUUUAUUCGGUUUUUUGAUGUCUAUUGUGUUUCUGACUUGAAGAAAAGCUAGAAAACUUGGAAAAAAAUUGAGUACCAAGCUUCCAAAAAAUAAAUUAACGCUUCGACACAGAAAAUUUGAAUAGAUUUUCAUUUUUUUUUUCUGCUGUUUUUUUCACAUUAUAAAGACAUUGAAAGCCUGAAAAAAACAACCUGAAAAAAAUAUAAAGAUCUUUUUUUUUCUUCAGGAGAAGCUCGAGUCCUUUGCAACUUUCUGAUGAAGACGACGAGUUGGAGAUCUUGGACUCUCAGCCCUUUUUGAAAAAGAAAAAAACGGAGGAUGUUUUGGGAAAGGUUGGACUCUUACUGGUCCUUUUUAGAAUAAUUAUCAUUUUGUCUCAGAACGAUAAGGGCAGAAAAAUAUUGGAGAAAGCAACAAAAGAGGUUGAAAAUUGAAGAGAAGUUCAAAAUAUUGAAAAAAAUUCUUGUAGAUCGAAAAGAAGAAGAAACAAGAAGAGGCACGACGGAAAAAAGAAGAAAAGGAGGUUUUUUUCAAAAUAAAACAUACCAUGAAGAGAUCAAUGAACUGUUCUAAAAAAAAAGGGGGGAAAAUGUAUCCGACCGUAAAACGACUUACGCGCUUGAGCUUGAGCCAAAUAGUAAGAUUUCGAGAAAUACGAGUUCUUUGCAGCGCGAGAAAGAGUCGCGGAAAAUCGAAAGAGAAAUGUCGGCGUCUCUGAACUCCAAGUGCGAGCAGUACACUUACUGCCACGUCGGUCGCGCUGUCCUUGACGCUAUCGGUAGACAUAAUAUCUUCUUCAGAUUGAAACUAGACCAGCCAAAAAUGUUCUUUUGCCGCUCAAAUUUGUGAAAUCCUUAAGGAAAUUGAUUGACCAUAUAGCUGGCUCACGGCUGGCUCGAGACAUAGGGAAAAUGGCUCCUGACACGAAAACAAAAGAAACAGUGAAUGGUUGGUGGAAAGAGCAGACAGGCCACGCCCCUGAGCGUCCCAAGUUAGCCGUGAAUCGGCUAUAUCUCCUUUGAAGGCGUGACGGAAGGGUUUCAGACGACUUGGAAGUGCAGGCACGUCUUCUUUUCUCCGAGCGCAACAUCGAGGGUCAGUUUCUGGUCGACGAAUCGAUCGGAAUGCGCAUCGAAUGGCAUCGGAAAUGUGUGGAACUUCGUGAGGACGACGACGGAAGACGUCAUCGUUUGGAGUACAAGGUCUUCUCUUCAGUCCCUUUUAAUAUUCUAGUUCCACAAGAAUCCGAAUCUUCAAAUCUAGUUUACAGCUGCAACAUUUGAGCGCAUGAAAGACCGUAAUGUAUGACCUAAUGAAGAAAUAACCCAGCUCAAUAUGAUUUUCUGAAAAUGAGAACUCAAAGUCCCAAAAUGGGCUUCUUUUAACCGAUUUUGUGGUUCUCUUUGAGGUCUCCUUUCUCAAAAAUUAGUGAUUUUUGCAGGUUGAGACUAUCAGAAUUUUGAACUAGUGAAUCAAAAAAGUGUUCUGACUAAUUUUAGGGGAAUUCGUAAAGUAAAAUUUUCUUCUCCGUUAGGUUUAUAGAAAAAUUAGGCGUCUAAGACAAUGAAGUUUCAGUUUUUGUUCUCGUUUGCGAAAUAUUUUUAACCUUUUUUUAAAUUUGGUCUAAGCUUCAUUGACGACCCUGAGCAAAAAAAAAUUAUAGAAAAAAAGAAUUUUCUGCUAGGUACUGAGAAAAAUUAGAUUCAACAGAUUUUUUCUUCAGCGAAAUGUUUGAAAACUUGAAAUUUUCUUUUCCAGGUCGCCCAGGACCUUUUCGCAGUUGUUGUGCCGUGCGAGACGCUCAAAACCUUGAUCGAAUCGAAGGGAAUCGUCGAUUUUGUUGUGAAAGUGAUCUAAUUUAUGAUAUCGUCUUUUCAACUAUAAAUUUCCAGGAAAAGGAAAAGUUUUCGAAAGGGCAGUCGUCGCUUAUCAUCGUUUGUUAUGGAAAGCUGAACAUCAAGAAGAAAAAGGUACAAUCUUACAACUUCAAGAUAUCUUCUAGUUUUUCAGCUACACCCAACAGUUCUGGAUUUGUUCGAAAACCACAAGACACAAUUAUACGAGGUUAUCUCCCGAUUACAACUAUUUUAAUCAAUCCGUUUAGGCGCCAGAUCCUGGAGUUGUGGCCCUUAUGAUGGCACAGUUCCUGCGAAGUUUAGCUCGACGCGAGAAAAGGCGAACCGAGAAAAGUAUGAAUGAAAAGCGUUUCCAAUAUAUUGGUGAUAAGGUUGGAAAUAAAUAAUAGAAAGUGUUUGAGAAAAAACUUUGAGGGCCUAAUAUCAGAUGAUCGCGACGAAAUGGUCAAAGAUUGGUGGGUCAAAAUGCUCAACACGAUCGACCGAAUUUCAGACGCCCAGAGGAGGUUGAAAAAUCUUCAAAAUUCAAAUUUUUUACAUUUUUCUAGAGCUAUAAUCAAAUUUAUACCGGACCCAAUCGCAGCAUCCAAAAAAUAUUCAAAGGUACUCUGUUCAAUUUUUUUUUAGUCGAUAACUAGAGUAAAAUUUUGAACUUCAGAUGGAUAUCGACAAGGCGAUACAGGAGAUAAGCAACAUCGUGGCCGAGAAUAAUCGACGCGUUGGUCCAGCGAUGGCUCAUCGCCUACUAAUGAUGCUAACUGAUGAGACCGGCAACGAGGUGAUCGAAUAA